AUGGAGGUUAGAAAAGCAAGUAGAAUUUUGCAGAGACUUGGAAGCACUGGAAGAAAAGUCCAGAGUAAGUCAGGGAGGGUUCCCUCAGAUGUGCCCAAGGGCCACCUGGCAGUCUACGCGGGCAUUACGGAGCAGACUAAACGCUUUGUUAUCCCUGCUCAAAGUGUUAAUCAUCCUGUCUUCCGUGCAUUGCUGGACAAGGCUGAAGAGCAGUUUGGAUUUGGGCAUCAAGGACCUCUUCUUAUUCCCUGCGAUCCACUUGUCUUUCACAAUCUUCUUUGUCUGCUCAGAAACAAUUCCAAGGCAGAUAUUGAACAAUUGAUCAUGGAGUUGCAAAAGUAG